CGGCGAUUAAAAAGAGGCCAAUGUCGACACUAUCACACAUGCCCUCCUCAGUCACCGCCAUCCCUUCACAUAUACCGCAAUCGUCUUGGGAAAGAAGCGUUAACGAUCGUAUGUCUCACAAAUACGGAAAACCGAUACUUAGUGGAGGAAAGAGUGCAACUAUGGCGGAUCACCACCGAAAGGAUUCGAUAAAAGACGUACGGAGGUUAAAUGUUGACAAAACUGAAAAUAAAGUCUUUGACCGCAUCAAACAACACGGAAUUAAUACACAGGAAAGUGCUAAUGGUGUUCAUCGGAUACCAACAACCAGUGACUCGCUUAUAAUUCCAUCAAAAUCCAGAAUCAGCAUUGCAGGAGAUAUAAAAAAUGACAUCCAUCAAUCAAAACCACAUAAAACAUCCAGUUUUGUUGAAAACACCAGUACAAAAGACCAGACAAAAUCACAAUUAAAUGAAGCACCACUCAAUACGCCACAAAAGGUGAAGCCACCAAAUUUGAUAUCUGAAGGUUUCCCAUCGCGCAUGAACAAAAUAAGUUCAAAUAAUACUGCUGAAGAGACAGAAAUAAUUCCUGAUAUCCCAGGUCAAGGUGAUGUUCAUAUAAAACUGCCUGAGAUACCUACCCGACUAACGAAGGCUCUCGGUCAAAGAGAUAGAACCAACAGUCACCAGAAAAGCCCACCUGCACCACCUGUUGUUGUCGAGCAAAUUCAAAUUCCAAAUAAAAGCACAUUUAGCUUCCCAAACUCCAAUAAAACACAGGAAGCAAAGUCAACAUCAAUAGACGGAACGUUGGCUAAUCUUCAACGUCCAGAAGAAACGGCUAAUAAACUGAAACUAACUCUCCUUGAAACCGAACAAAAACCACAUACAAGAGUUGCUGCCCCUAACGCUGUUAAAUCAAACAAGCGUCAAGAAGCCAAGAAAAAGAUUAUACAAGCACAGGACAUACAAUUGAUACCAUAUUCAAAUGCCAUUCCUUUAGACAAGAUCAUGCGAAAACAACAGAAUCAUUUCCGAAAGUCUCCUUCGAUUCACUCGAGUACUAAUAUGCACGGAUUAGGGAAAAGGUACGACAAGCCAGUUAAUAGGCAUAGCAAAUCAAACACGAUAGAAAAACAUCCAAGCAAUAAGGCUGAUUUCAAUCACAAAUCUUCAGAUACAUUCAGGCUUACAUCGGCCGAGAUGAUGAAUACUCCUAACAAGAAAGAAAGAAAACGUCCAUUGUGGACCACAAACAAAAUCCUUAAUCAAAACCAUGUGAAUUCAAUCAUAGUUCAUCAUAAAAGAACGGGAGGAGGACGAAAUAUUAUUCCAGAGAUGAAAUUUCAAAUAAAUAAGAAAACACCAUCUGGAAAAAUCGCAUCACCGAAUGCUCGAGAGUAUCAGUCAUCACCAGUUAAAGUUGAAAAAAUUACAAAACAUCCGAAGGUGUCUCUUCUCUCAAAAUAUCAGAAAAAACCUGUGCAAAAAUCAGAACUAAAUGCUAUUGUCGGACUAAAACGAAUUUCUCCUAUGGGUUAUAGUAAACAAGCAGCCAAUGAUAAAAAAUAUAGGCAAAAUCAUCCUAAUGGUCUUUCAAAUUCUAAUGGUCUUAAAAAGAUGGUAGGUUCAGGACGGCGGUUCAACAUCAAACCUAAAGCAGUUGUUACGGAUUCUCCUAAGAAAACGACCCCAGUCGGUGAAAAUAAAUUUGAACAGGAAAUGAAUGGGCCAGCAAAUGAAGUCAAACCUUCUGGUGGAUUGAAAACAACGUUUAAUCCCGCGACUGAAAAUGAAAUAGAAGUAGAAGGUGGUAUAACGACUUUACGGAGUAGUUCCAGCUCUACUAGUCCAAUCUCAGUUAGUGGAGAAACCGAAAGUGAGGGCGAAGAACAAACCAUGACUUCAAAGAUACAACAAACUACAGAACAAUCAACAUCUACUCAACAAGAUGAAAUGGAGUACGAGUAUGAAUAUGAGUAUUCGACAACAACAGACGUGAAUGGCAGAAUGGGCUCCGACCGAGACCCUUCUGUGGUUGGAACAGCAGGUGAUAAUAUUUUCAGUGGUUCUUGGAAGGAUGCAGCUCGCCAAAAUGCGAGAGAGAUCGCCCUGGAAAUGGAAGGAACGUGGACAGCUGUGAAUGCCAGUGUCAUUGGAAGACAAAAUACAUGUCCAUCUUACAAAAUGCGCUACCAGAGAAAUGCGGUUGUCUUCGAUACCAUCGAUGAACAAUGCAGAAUUAUAAUAACAUGGAAUAAGCGACAACAGAGGGAACAGGUGAAGGAGAAACUUUGGUGGGGUAUCAACACUUACUAUCGAUCAAGGUCUGUAUAUGUACCAGUUGUGACGUAUGUUGAUCUUCGAUGAAUAAUGAGAACAAAGAAACAGAGGGAGAAAUCCAGUUGUUGUAGAUGAACUGAAAGCAAAGGAUGCGUUUUAAACUUGGAUAGAAAAACUUAUUUUUUAUGACGCAGAUUUGUGGCAAAUGGUAGAUAUGAUGUCUACAUGUAAAUUGGAGAGAUAUGGCUCGGAAUGAAACUUUGAUUGACAUGGAAUUUUCAUAUUAUUUUUUUUCCUCACAUGUGUAAUGCACGGGUACAUUAUACGAGUAGAGCUAUUCCUAAUUAAUGUACAUUGUAUGUUGAUUUUGUAAUUGCUUUUAAAGAUUUCCCUUGUCUUAAGAUUUUUUUGGUCAUAUAAUAUGUGAAUCAGUUGAAGCUUGGAUAAUUAUAAUAAUUAGUCACCAUGGUGUGUAUAUACAUUCAUUAGUGUUUCAUAUAUAUUGUAAAAUUUUUGGUUAAAUUUCGAACAUGAAAUUUGAUUAAGGAUCUUUCAAAAAUACUACAUGCAUAAAAAUAUGUAUAAUGUGCUUAAAAUUAUGCUUUAUUUGUAUAUAAGACAAUAAUAUGUACAUAUAUUUUUAAGGUAUAUUUAUGUACGUACAUGAUUUAUAGAGAUUAUGCAUAACAUACUUUAACAUACUUUAACUAAAUUUUUGAUUUGUCUUAGUAAAGAAAAGUAAGUGAAUAGUAUUUUGAUAUACGAUGAAUGUACAUGAAUAUGCAUUAAGACAUACUUUUUUUAUAGUGUAUAAUGUAAGUGAUGAAAAAUCUACAAAUGAUAUUUUGAUAUACAAUGAAUGUACAUGGUUAUGCAUAGAGUACAAAUUGUAAGUAAUGAGAAGAAAUGUGAUUAAAUUUUACCUGGCAA